UUUUAUGGUCACAAAAACAGUUUAAGACUGUCUAUUCUUAAGACGUAGAUUGUUUCUGUUCUUACUAAAGAAGGAGAAAAAACAUGGAAAUUAUCAGAUUUGUUUCAGCUUUCUUAUUAGCUUGUGUCUGUACCAGUAUUCGUGCACAAAUAGUCGGUAGUGACUAUGAAAACUGUAUUGUGGUGAGUUCUUUGAUGCAAAACAUAUUUUCACAACGUAACGUACACGUUAAUUUGAUCUCCGGGACGUUGUACGACGUAAAAGGUAAUAUAAGCAGAGCAACUUUAGGGCUCAGCAGUUUCAGAACUAGGAUCCUAAGUCUCGAUCCAGACUAUACAAGGAAGCGAUUGUAUAUUUUUGAUUCAAAUACAGCCGCCAUUUAUGCUUUAAAUAAUUUUGACUGGGUGAGCAAUUUCACAAAUAUGUCAGUCACAGUGAUUCAUGACGGACUGUCACGUUACUCAGCUCGAAUUGCAGUAGACUGGGUCUCGAACAAUAUAUACUGGACUGAUCCUUUGUUUGGGUGGAUAGUUGUCCAGUCUGGAAGCAAGACCAACACGUACAAGAUUCUGAUACAGGACGCUCUAGAAAAGCCGUAUGCGCUGGCGGUGGACCCUGUUAAUAAAUACCUCUUCUGGAGUGAUGUUGGUUCAACCCAAAAGAUAGAACGGGCGACAUUAUCAGGGGACGACAGACGGGCAAUUAUUUCGACUGGGCUGGCAUUCCCAACAAGUAUUGAUGUAGACUAUAGUUCGCAGAAGAUAGUUUGGGUGGAUUCAAAUCGAGAUUCGAUAGAAACAGCUAAUUUCGAUGGAACUGGGCGCAUGGUUAUACGCAGAUUGUCACAUCAUGAGUUCUACGAUGUCGCCGUUUUCAGAGAUUUGGUCAGUGUAACAUCCUUGAAGAACGAAACAUUGGUUAUAAUCAACAAAAAUACAGGUGACAUAUUUGAAACACUUAGAACGACAAAUGGCGAUCCAUUUGUGGCAGUGGCUUUGUAUAGUGCAGACGUGCAACCAAGUCAAGAGGAUAGCUGCAAAAAUAGAGCGUGUAGUGAUCUAUGUGUGAACGGCAACGAAGGCCCAAAAUGUCUGUGCUCGGAGGGUUACAGGAUAACUCAAGAUGGAUUAACGUGCGUCGGUCAGUGACACUAAGUAUUCACCAUUUAUGCUUCACAUUUUAAAACAAAGAAACAGAUAUACCCUUAAAGCAGUUUACUGGGGAAUAGAUGAUAUACCUUAAGGGGACGCAUAUUGCUACAUUCACAGUUCAUACAGAAAUGCGGAAGGGGUGCAUAUUCAAGAAAUCGAUGGUGGGAAAGUAAAAAACAUAUUCCUAAACUGAUAUAAUACUGAUGGACA